ACACUUUUUUGCUCUUUUGCUUUUUGUAGCGCUCUCCUCGGCUUCAGCUUUCUAAAAUCACAGCGUCUGCUGACCGCUUUCUUUCUGUCCCAGUUUUCUCGGAAGAGAAAAUCUAAAGGAAAACGAAGAAUCUGUUUUCCAGUUCCAUUUUUAGCAGCGAAAUUGAUGAAAUAGCUGCACUAUCCCAGAGAUAACGUGUUGAUUCUUUGUUCCUUUUUCAAAAAGUUUUCUCUCAAUUUAAUGCGCAUGUAUUGCUGUUGUUGUAAUAUUCAGAAUUAUUGACUGUUACAUUGAGGGGUUUCGAUUCAAAAUCAGAACAGAGAAAGAGACAUAGCUUGUUCUAGUGGCUGCUAUUAGACCGGUCAAAUUCAUUUCAGUGAGUUUAGAAUUUCCUUCAAAAUCUUGAUCGAUUGAAAUAGGGUGUUGUUUGUCUGUUUGUUGAGUGAUCGAGAUUUAGGGUUUGGUUAAAGGAAGAAAGAAGAAAGAAAGAUGACAAUAGAGUCAUUACCCGGAAGUUCAGGGUAUUUAGAUUUGUUUCCAGAGAGGAGAAUGUCAUAUUUUAGUAAUACUUAUGUUUUAAGAUUGACUGUUAUUGCUGGAAUAGGAGGUUUGCUCUUUGGUUAUGACACAGGUGUUAUUUCAGGUGCCCUUUUGUAUAUUAAAGAUGAAUUUGAGGUGGUUAAUCAAAGUAGUUUUUUACAGGAAACAAUUGUUAGUAUGGCCCUGGUAGGUGCAAUAAUAGGAGCUGCAUCAGGGGGUUGGAUCAAUGAUGCAUAUGGACGAAAGAAAGCUACACUUCUUUCUGAUAUUGUAUUUGCUGCUGGAUCGAUUGUCAUGGCAGCCGCUCCAGAUCCAUAUGUUCUUAUACUGGGUCGAUUUUUAGUUGGCCUUGGUGUGGGUGUAGCUUCGGUUACUGCUCCUGUUUAUAUUGCAGAAGCAUCUCCAUCUGAAGUCAGGGGAGGAUUAGUGAGCACUAAUGUUCUUAUGAUAACUGGUGGACAGUUUCUUUCCUAUCUAGUUAAUCUUGCUUUUACAGAGGUCCCAGGGACAUGGCGGUGGAUGCUUGGAGUUGCAGGUGUGCCAGCCGUGAUUCAGUUCUGUCUUAUGCUCUGUAUGCCAGAAUCCCCCCGUUGGCUUUUUAUGAAGGAUGAUAAAGAUAAAGCCGUUAUAAUAAUGGCUAAAAUAUAUGACCUUGCUCGAUUGGAGGAUGAAAUUGAUCACCUUGCUGCUUCUGCAGAGGAAGAAAGUCAGAAAAGGAAUACUGUUAGCUGUAUGGAUGUGUUCAAAUCAAAAGAAAUCAGACUUGCAUUUUUAGCUGGGGCUGGACUUCAGGCUUUUCAGCAAUUUACUGGCAUCAAUACAGUUAUGUACUAUAGCCCAACCAUUGUCCAGAUGGCCGGCUUCAGUUCUAAUCAAUUAGCACUUCUAUUAUCACUCAUUGUUGCAGCGAUGAAUGCUGCUGGAACUAUUCUUGGCAUUUACCUUAUUGAUCAUUUUGGGCGGACAAAGUUGGCCCUCUCAAGCUUAACUGGUGUGAUUGUGUCUCUUUUCAUCCUUGCUGGGGCAUUCUUUGGUCAGUCAUCUGAUUCUUCAAGUGGAAUCUAUGGGUGGCUUGCAGUUGUAGGGCUAGCUCUAUACAUUGCUUUCUUCGCACCUGGAAUGGGACCGGUGCCGUGGACUGUAAACUCAGAGAUAUAUCCUGAGGCAUAUCGAGGGAUUUGUGGUGGAAUGUCAGCUACUGUAAAUUGGAUAUCCAACCUGAUAGUGGCCCAAACAUUCCUUUCAGUUGCAAAUGCUGUUGGAACGGGUGCAACUUUCUUGAUUCUUGCAGGUGUGGCUAUCGCUGCAAUCGUGUUUAUUAUUCUGUUUGUGCCAGAGACGAAAGGGCUUACAUUUGUCGAAGUAGAACAAAUAUGGAAGGAGAGAGCAUGGGGCAGUAGCUAUAACACAGAGAGCCUCCUCGAGCGGGGAAAUGAGACAUGAUCAGCUUUUUAUGUGCUCAUUAAUAACAGAAUAAAAGAAUUUUAGAGGUUUUGAAGACAGGUUGUAUCUACCUAGUUUUAUGUGGGUAAAAAUGUAAAUGCAUGGACGUAUUAUGAAAUCCAGCAGCAAUAGGGUUUGUUCAGAACUUGGAGAUAGACAUGAAACUUAUGGGGCUAUCUUAGCCUUCUGCAAGUGCCAGUAGUUCUGGCCAAGCAAAGUAGGGUUCUUUUUAUGUGGCCCCUUGGAAAGGCAGUUCCUUUUAGAAUUGUCCAUUCUUUCAGUUAUUCAGUGCUAUGUAGUUAUUUGUUAUGUAUGAGUUAAGAUUUUGCAGCCAUUUGUCAA